AUGGAGCCCUCAGCCAACACCCCCCCUGAUGCAGUCGACAUGCUGCCAGCCCCAAUCUGGCUUCGAAUCUUCCACCUUCUGCAUCUGCCGCCAUCACACCCGGACGACCCUGUAAUCCGUCGCCGAAAGGGAACCCCGGAGCACACCGAGCUGUUGAUGAAGGGACUGUACGGCGAUGGUUAUGAGCCAGUCGUGCUCAGACACGAGGGCCUUGCCGCCAGUGAGCAGCAUGCGAAAAACGCCCGCAUCUAUGGCGCCUCCUGCCCUCUCCUCUGCUGCGCUCUUGCCAGCAAGAGGCUUCUCAACCUUGUUGUCGAAUUCUCUGAGAGGCAGCCCAUUUCCCUCAGGUACAGCAGCCAGCACCCACAGUGGAUGCACAGCGUUCGCUUCUUCCUCACCCGCCCACUCCUCCGCUCCCUUGACCUCCGCUUCUCAGACCAACAGCAGCUGCCCGAGCUCGCCCCCCUCAUCAUGCGCUGCAGCUCUGUGCUCACGUCCCUCAGGCUGCAGCAACAGAGCACCAAAGGCUGGAUUACCAUAGGAGCACCCCAGGACUGGAAGCUGGAUUUUCUUGACACCUGUGCGCAGCUGCAGCAGCUGACACUGGGGCGAGGGUUGUGGGUGUUGAACAAGGAGUGCGAGAGUGCAGCGUGGCUCAAGUCCGUUCGCUGCCUGACCCUGGACCAGGUAGAUUUCGAACAUGUGAGCUUCCAGUUUCUAGAGUCCAUCACGCCACAGCUGCACGAGUUCACUCUGCACCAGGAUAGACGCCUUUCUGGCCUCCCCACCAGCCUCACCUUCUCCUUCUCCAACGCCCGCCUGCUUCGCUUCCGGUUCGUUGAAUCUGCGCUCAACCUGACCCUCACCGUCCCGCCUUCCCUCAAGUCCUUUUCUGCUGUAGCCAACCAACUCAUGCUCUCCUGCAGCAGCACCGUGCCUCUCGCUCUUGACCACCUCUCACUGUACGGCCGAGAGCUCCUUAUCAUCUCCUCCCUCCACCUCGUGUCUGUCAAGGUUGCUUACUUGGACGGACCUGAAGAUGAGCUAGGGUUUUUAAAGAGAGUAGCCGGUCGCCCCCGCCCAUAUCGUUACGAGGUGCGUCCUGGUGAGGAUUGGCUUCCCAGAGGACGAUCCAACUUUUCCUGGACCGAGUGGCUUGGCACUAUAGCACCAACCGUGGAGGUGCUUAUAGUGAGGCAUUGUUUGCCUAUACAGAAGGUGAAUGCAGAGUGGACGAGCCUUAGCAGCCUUGGGAUUGUCGUGCACACUUUGGGGCCAUAUGGCCCGACGAAGGAGCCUACUAUAGACAACUGGCCAGUGUUUGAGGCGGACCACCAAUACUACUGCAAUUUAAAAGACCAAUUUUGGGACGACGAUAGAAUUAGCAUGCCUCCCUCCAUUCACGCUCCGAAUCUGCGCUUCCUCUUCUUCCCAUCCAGCAAGGCGUGUGGCGCCGCCACACUGGCUGCACUGCGGCAGGACUACCCCGCCCUGGCGCUCUACUGUGUGGUGGACCGCUCCUUCUACUGGCACAGGAAAGGUGUGCCUGUGAGCAAUGCGCCGUUCGAGCAUGUGAGGCAGGAGAAGAGUGGGGUGCUCCGCUGUUGGCAUCCCAAGACGCAGCAGCCGAAGAAUGUGAGGGAGAAGAUGCACAGUGUGAAUAGGAAGCUGGUGGAGGGUUAUUGUGCUGAAGAAGAUGAGGAGCAUGCGUUCAAGUACAAUGGAUGGUUCUAG